CCGAUCAGAGUCUCUUAGUAGGCAAUGGCAGGGGCACUGUCUGAGUCGGAAGCUGCAGAUGCUGCUGCUGUUCAACUCCAGCAGUUCAAACUAGAAGAAAUGAAGCGCGACAAGACACUGAUGGCAUCGAAAGAGCGACAAGACGCGGCCUUCCGGAAUAAAUUGGCAGAGAGGCAGAAACAGAGACAGCAACAGCAGAUGAUUGCUGAAGAUGAAGUACAGAAGAAAGAUCUGGCAGCAAAGAAUGCCAUGAAAGUAAAUCCUCCCAAAUCAACGAACGAGUUGACAUUUGUGUCUGUCAAGGUGAAGAAUCUCACCACCCUGUGGGAGUCUCUAGAUGCCAACCUAGUGAACAGUUCUCUACAGCUUUACAAAGAUGCAGCACAACAUGCAGCCAUUGAGCAUCAAGGUUACAUAGUGAGCAACUCUGUUGAGAAUGGGCAUGGACUUAUAGCAUUUGCUACAGCAAUCUCUGCUGUUCAUUGGUCAUUGACACUUCAGUGUGAACUACUAAAGGUGGACUGGCCAGCUGAGCUGCUCCUACACUCUAGCUGCAAAGAGUUGGUGUUAGACAGCAAUCCUGAUGUUAUUGUAUUUCGAGGACUUUCUGUACAAAUGGGAAUUGACAGAGGAAACGUUCAAGCAAUAACACAAGGCAAAAGCGAUGUUACAUACACUGGUCUAGCUGUCCAUCGUUCCAAUAAUUUAUGCAACACAGCACAAGGUGGUCAGAUCCUAGUAAGUGUAAUGGCAUGGAAUGCCAUUACAGUCGACAGUAUUGCAAUAGACUAUCAAGCAAACAAUCUAGGAACGAUGAAACUUGACGAUGUCACAAAGCCAGUCGAAGUUUUAGAAAUUUAUCCAAAGGAUGUUGCUGCAAGAUCAAAGAUAUUAGGAUUAUCCUGUGCUGGUUGUAAUCACCCCAUACAACCAGGACAAGAAUUUCUCAAGGCUAUGGGUUACAAAUGGCACGUUGAGCAUUUCUGCUGUGAGCAGUGUGGAAAAGCAUUGCAAGGCUCUUUUAUUGCCAAAGAUGGGAUACCUUAUUGUGAAGAAGACUUUUAUGAGAUGACAGCAACCAAAUGCAAAGGCUGCGGACAGACCAUCAAUGCUGCCUUUAUAGAAUCAUUAGGAGGGCUGUGGCAUCCACAAUGUUUUGUAUGCCAGAAAUGUAAAAGAUUGCCAUCAGAAAAUGACAAUAUUUAUGAGUUGAAUUCUAUGCCAUACUGUGAGUCUUGCUACGUAGCUCAACACCAGUAAAACAACGAAGCACAAUAGAAAAUUAUAGAACUCCAAUGUAGCU